UCUUCUUUCUUCCUGGUUCCUGGAGAAUGUGGCGGAGUGAUACGUCUGUCGGUGUCCGCUGCUCGUGCGUUGUGCUGGAAUGCGGAGGGUCGGGUGGGUCCCACACUUCAGGCUGUAAAUACCCGAGAGCACGGUGAACCGUCACUCGGGACACAGACGGGGGGCUGUUGGCUUCAAUCGUGAAUUCUCCGCCGGUUCUGUUGUUUUGUGGUUUUGUUUACGGGGAGCAUGGAGCUGGACCGGCGGCUGCUGCUGGCCCACUGCACGGUCCACGCCCUGUCGAUCGCGGCGGGGCUGCUGGUGGUCGUGCCCAUGGCUCUCAACGGAUCCGCUUUCAAAGGCCGCUGCGCCCUCUUCUCCACCGGCUACUGGAGGACCGAGAGUCGGGCCGAGGCGCCGGAGCAGCCGGGAGACGUCUCCCAGCUGGUGGUGCAGCAGUGGGGGCCGCUCGCCGCCUGCCAGUUCGCCACUUUCGUGGGUAUCUUCUCGGUGCUGUACGGGGCAGCGCAGGGCUGGAGGUGUCUCUUCUACCUGCAUGGACGACAUGACGACACCCUGUUUUCAUCAUUCCUGACUGUUCUGCUGAGUGUGUGCGUUCUCUUCCUGUCUGGAGGGGCCAGUGUCCUCUUGUCUCUGGGUCUGGUCUCGUGGUGCGACACUGUGACUGACAACAACACACGACCAUACAGCUGUGCAGAGUCCCAGUCUGUUCCAAUGUAUCUGGAUGUGGACACCUCCUCUUUCUACACAGAGCUCAAUCUGGCUCAGGCUUCUCUGUGGGGUGUGACGUCUCUGUGGCUGGCUCAGUCUAUCCUGGCUUUCCUGCGGCUCUACCACUCCCACAGCCAGAACAUCAGUGGACCGUGUCUUCACCGAGAGAAGGAACUCCUCCUGGGAUACAGUCCAUCUGAAAGUGGCAGCUCCCCCUCACCUCCCUAUGCCCCAGCGACACCCACCAUCUUAGUCUGACUCAGAGUAAAUGAAGUAGUGCUCUAAGGUGUUACCCUUAACCCCACUAUCUAAAUUCAUACAGUUCUUCACAGCAUGUAGGUUAUGAAUAUUUUGAGUACGGCUUGGUUCAUAAUGUUUAAGGUUUCUUUAUGUUUCUAUAUAAUUUAGCAUAGAGCCCCCAGUAAAAUAAUACUGGAGUAUAAAUCAGCUGAAACAUUAUGGUACACGUUUAUGUUUCCCCUGCAGGUCAAAAUACUUUGAUAACCAAAUUUAACGGAUCUUUAAACUAAAUGUUUUGUAUGGUGUUUGUUUGCGACAAAUUAUUAAUUUGUCGUUGGCUGAUUUAAAAGAAAAUCUGUUAAAUUGAUUUUGGUACCACCCACAGUAAAAAAUACAAGAUCCUCCAGGCUUUAUUAUAUAAUCAUAUGAUGUUUGAGCAGGGCCAACACCACUCACAUAACUGCACUGUCUAACUCAAGCACCCAUCACCUCAUAAUGACUCUUAGGGUGGAUUCACGUCACUGAUGACACCAUUAACAAUAUUUUUUUCAGUAUACUCAGGAUGCAUGGUUGUUUACAGUUCUGCUUGAGUCAGUUUGCACAGUUGGAUCCUCAUCAGGGAGAAUACGUUCUUGUUUUGUUGUUUUUGUUUUGUUUACUUGUUCCAAGUGUAUAGUUCAGAUGUAGCACUGAGGCGCUUUUAUUUUGAAGCAUGUGGUAAGAAUGUGACUGAGCCACUGUGUACGUGAAACAGGCUCACUGUGUGAGCAUGACCUCAAUGUUCUGUUGUGUAACAGAAAAAUGGCUGCCGACUCUCUCCUCUUGUGAAGAUUUCUAUUAUGAUGCUGUUUGUGUGGACACGGCCGCUCUCAGUUAAAGAAUCAGCCAAAUCUCCUCUAGGGAUUUUCAGUGAAGUCUGUCAAGGAUGAUUACAAAUUUAACUUUCAAGGAUCUGAGAGAAUUUCCUCGAGACAGAGAUUUGUGUUGAGCCCAAAGGCUCAGUGAAGAAACUAAAAUGCUGAAUUUUUAUAAAGAAAUUAUUCUUAGCUGUUUUAAAAUUUCUCUCUCUUUGACUGAAGUGGUUGUAAUGAAACACAGACAGCGGAGCAAGAAAUCUGAAGUACACAGAGACGAGACAGCGUUGUGACUUGAAAUCAAAUGUAACCUUUUGAAUUAUAACUGACGAUGGUCUCGCGUUUUACCUCUUGUACCUGUUUGUGCUUAUUCAUAUUCAUGUUUUUUGCACUUGUCUUGUUUACUGAUUAAAACGCUUCUCAGUAUGAAA